GAAAUCAGAAAUGAAUAAAAACAGAAAGAUACCAUUAAUGAAAGAUGCCAGAGCCAGUGACAGCUCCCAGGAAGAAGCAAUAGACCAAUGGGCCAGGAGACGGAAACAGUUCAAAGACAGCAAAAAAUGCAGUUCAACUGGUGGAAGUUCCAUAACCAGCACAAUCACUGAAGGAUCAAUGAAUUCUGAGGAUGCUAGGUCCGUAGAUCUGGGACUACAUUCUGAAAAUGAGGACAGAGGUUUCUAUACAGAAAACUUUCAUUCUGCUUCCUGGGUUUUCAGAGGAGAUGAUGUCUCUCCUGAUAAUAGUCCUAGAUGUCUCAGCAAAAGACCUAGACCAGUGGCAAUUCGUGAAAGAACAGUGAAGAUUGCUAAAGGAACUGGUAACUACCCUUGGGGUUUCCGGAUCCAGUUCUCAAAGCCUAUCCUUGUGACUGAAGUUGACACAAAUAGUGCAGCUGAAGAAGCAGGUCUUCAGGUUGGGGAUAUUCUGAUAGCAGUCAACGGAACUGAUGUCACCAGCAUGCCACAUUCAGAAGCUGCUAAUCUGGCAAGGAAAGGUCCUGAUAUCUUGACCAUGGUGGUGGGAUCAGAUAUCAGCCGUUACCCUAAUACCCCCAGGCCUACCUGCCGAGGAUAUUUGCACAAACGAACACAGUCAGCAAUAUUAAAGGGAUGGAGGAAGAGGUGGUUUGUGCUGAAACAUAAUGGCUACCUCCACUAUUACAAACACAAGAAGGAUGAAGGGAAGUGCAGACCCCUGGAAGUAACAAAGUUGGAAGGAGCAGAAAUAGGUGCUGAUACCACUCUUGGUAAACCAUUUGUUUUUAAGUGUAUCCCUCAAAGUGGAAACAGGAUUUUCUACUUCUGUGCAACUUCCAACCAAGAAAUGAAGAGGUGGCUGGAGGCUAUGGAGAAAGCAGUUCAUCCUGUCCAUCAGAACCACGUGUGGGUAGAUGUCACACUGCAUAACACUACACUGCCACCCUUGGCCAUCAAAAACCCGGAGUGCCUGGGGCUCCUCCACCAGCUGGACAGAAGCAAAGAUGUCUGGAUUCAGCACUACUGCAUUCUGAAGGAUGGCUGCUUGUACUUCUAUGCCACUCUCCGCUCCACACCCGCCCAAGGUGGCCUCUACCUCCAGGGAUAUAUUGUGAGUGAACAGUCUCUAGGCUCCAAAAGAUCUGUAAUUGAACUCAAACCUCCAUCUGAAGAGUUUAAAACUUUCUACUUAUGUGCAGAGAACAUUAACGAAAACAAAAGGUGGAUUACAGCUUUGAAAGCAUCUAUUAAUAAAUGGUUGCCCCUACACCAGGCAAUCCAAGAUUUCAUGAACAGACCACUGGAGGAGACAAGGAUGUGAGAAGGAAGUUCAUUUUCCCCCUCAAUUUCUGUUUUCCAUUAAAAACUUCAAGUUAUGUCUUUUGACCCAUCUCAAAAGAUGUUCUAGCAGCAGGUAAUCUUUAGUAUUGCUAUACAUUCAUAUCUUUUGCAAGCUUUAGUAAAUAAAAUUAAAGCAAUAUUGCCUUCUUUGUGGCUAUCUUUAUUUUAUGCUUCUUUUCAGUUUUAGGGUUCAUAGGCCGUGCAUAACACUGCUUUGGCUUUGAAGCCAUAAAGUGACGUUGAAUUUAUCUGAUGCAACCAAAAGAGAAAGCACUAUAUUUCAAUUAUUUCGUAUUACCUGAUGUCUUAUAUCUGCAUCACUUUUUAUUUGCAAAUGCACCCUUUGCAAAGACCUCUGCUUUUUCCAUUCCAAAGCUUCAUACGUAGGUUUGCUUUUAAGUUUAUAGAUGGUGUGAGGCCCAAGGUUGGAAUAGGACAGGCUGACUGAGUUGCUAAAAACUACAUGCCAUUACAGUAUACCUGGAGGAAUGGAAUAAAUUUUUAUGAUAUGGAUGAAUACCUUUGUUCUUGUGCAUUCUAUAUUAACAUAAAUUUUAAUUUAAAAGUGGUUUGGAUUUGGCCAUCUGGCAGCACAGCACUGCAAAUUUAUGGAGAGAAAUCAAGAAUCAAAGACACUGUUUCCUCUAGAAUUAUCAGAAAGAAACAGCACCAUAAAUCUCUUACAAGGAUAUCAGAGUUAGACGUAUGUGGUCAUUGCAGCUGAUCAUAUACACUGUGUUCUACAUUAUUUUCUAACAUUAAAAUAAUUCUUCC